AUGGAGUCGGCAGUGGCUGGUGCAGCGGACAUCGGCCGGUACGGCCGCCGAAUUGUUAGGAUGAUCUGGGAUCCGGAGCCUACCAACGAUCCUAUCGCGAACCGACCCGCCUGGUGUUUAGGUUACGAAUACACUUUGGAGACAAACACUACUCCAAAGGCCAAGGGAGAGGAUGGCAAACCAUCAACCGCGACGAGUAGCGACCACCAGCCUAACCCUGCUCAGGCCAAUAAGGUGCCUCCCAUGUCGUCUGCCCAUCUACCUACAGAUGCCGCCACCACAGCACUCCCCGGAAAUACAACACCACCUACACCGGAGGCUGCGCUGGAGGAGCCCUCCAAAAUCCCAUCACAACCGACUGCAAUCGACACCCCACCGGACUCUGUCGACAGCAGUUUCGACUCGUCCAUGGCAUACGACGACGUUCCGGAUGACGGAGGCUGGCCACCUGCGUUCCUCAACGACUUUGAGUCGCGGAUAUGGAUGACUUACAGGUCCGGAUUCGAACCUAUUCCUAGGUCCACGGACCCGACCGCUUCUGCGAGGAUGUCCUUUGCAAUGCGCCUUAAGACCAUGGCCGACCAGCAGGCCGGCUUCACAACGGAUAGCGGAUGGGGAUGUAUGAUCAGGACUGGCCAGAGCCUGUUGGCCAAUUCCCUGCUUACUUGCCGUCUCGGUCGUAGCUGGCGGCGCGGUCAGGCACCUGAGGAGGAGCGAAAGCUUCUUUCUCUGUUUGCAGACGAUCCCAGAGCCCCCUACUCAAUACACAAGUUCGUCGCACACGGUGCAGCCAAGUGCGGCAAGUACCCGGGGGAAUGGUUCGGGCCAUCAGCAACGGCCCGAUGUAUACAUGCUCUUGCCAAUGCAACCGAGGAGUCUUUUCGAGUUUACUCGACCGGCGAUCUUCCGGACGUGUACGAGGAUAGCUUCAUGGAAGUUGCCAAGCCAGACGGAAAGACAUUCCACCCAACGUUAAUACUCAUCAGCACGAGACUGGGCAUAGAUAAGAUCAACCAGGUCUAUUGGGAAUCGUUGACAGCUACUCUGCAGCUACCUCAAUCAGUUGGAAUUGCUGGCGGUCGUCCUUCAUCAUCACAUUACUUUGUGGGAGCGCAAAGGUCAGACGAGGACCAGGGCUCGUUCCUAUUCUAUCUAGAUCCGCACCACACACGCCCAGCGCUUCCCUUCCACGAAGACCCACAGCUUUACACCACCUCGGAUGUAGACUCGUGUCACACUAGGCGACUGAGACGACUUCACAUUCGUGAGAUGGACCCCAGCAUGUUGAUAGGGUUCUUGAUCCAGGGCGAGGAGGACUGGCAUGCGUGGAAGAGCUCCGUCAAGCAUGUCCAGGGCAAGUCCAUCAUUACAGUUUCGGACCAUGACCCUUCAAAGGGCUCGGCUUCUGGACGGCCAUCGGCCAUUGAUGAGGUUGAGACUCUGAGUGAUGAUGAUUGCGAUACUGUUUUGGAUGGAUAG